AGAUUUCCACCAAUCAGAGCGUUCUCUGAUCCGCGCUCAGCCAAUGGGAGGCCAGGAAGGUAUGACCGAGUCAGUGGGUGUGAUCCCGCAGGAGGAAGCGUCAAGCCACCGAACAAUAUAACAAAGUUUUAAGAAGAUGGCGGACAAGACUGUGGAUCGUGGGCCAUGGACCGGAUGUGCCGUCAUGUUUCUGCAGUCACUCUGUCCUGGUGUGAACCUGCUCUCUCUCUGGGAACAGGGAAAGUUCAUCGUUUUCAAAGUCAUCAAGCUGACGCUUAUAGAUUCUGCAAGUGGUCUGGGUGGUUAUGAGAUACUUAAGAUCCAUGACGCCGAUCCCUUUCUGGGGGUGGAGGUGAAGUUUGAGGACAAGUCAGUGUGUCGGCAGUUCCUGGAGAGCUACAGCUCUGGAGCGGUGCGCCAGUCGCUCUCUCAACACGCCUGCCGGCUUCUUAGUCUUCCCCAGGAGUUCACAGUGGAAACUCAGCUCAAGGCCAGCACACACAUCCUGGAUCUCUAUAUGGACAAGCUGGAACUUUGCUUACAGCACAUCCACCUGUCACAGCCGGAGCGCCUGCGCGAUGAGGAGAUUGAACAUCUGGAGGAGCAGCUGCGGACUGAGGCCCGCGGCUCUGCCCGACAGAACCCCAAACCACAGGAAGAGGGUCCCGUCCCCAGUAACUGCUUCAAGUUUCAGAAUAAAGUGUUUGAGGACCGAAUGCUGACUGCGGGAGACGUUCAGAGCUUCUCUAACGGAGUGGGCCGUCAGUGGAAGCAUGUAGGGAGGGCCCUGGGGAAGAGCUGCCGGGCCCUGAAGGGUCUGGCUAUAGACAACCUGGCCUACGAGUACGAGAGAGAAGGGCUGUAUGAGCAAGCCUACCAGCUGCUCAAUCGCUUCAUCCAGGCAGAGGGGAGAGCAGCCAAGUUGAGCCGACUGGUCAAAGUACUGGAGGACUGCAAACUCACCAGCCUGGCUGAAAAUAUUCUGGAGAUUCAGCCGCGAGAGUAAACUCGGUGGGCUUUUGUUUCUGCGCGUACGAGUUAAAAAAACUGAGGGGUGACGGAUCCUCUCUGCAUGAGGAGAGGUUGACAUUGUCCUGCCUGCUUAUAAUAUACAGUAUGUUUGUUCUUGAUUGACUGUCUGUCAAUCAGAAUCAUUCCGGAAUGUGUGUGUGUGUUGAGUGUGUGUGUAUUGAGUGUGUGUGUGUGUGUGUGUGUGUGUGCAUGUUUCAGGCAGGUUGUGUGAACACAUGCUAACACAUCUGUGAGAAUCGAUUCAUGAUCAUGAUUUGCUUUUCAAUCAUUAGUGGUAUUGUUUUUUUAGAGGAAAUUAUCUGUCAUCACUGUUUAAAGGACAUGCUGUUUUGAGUUUGAUGCACUGUUUAAACCUUUUAUUUGUGCUUGAUGUCAUUUUACUGAUGAAACCUUCCAAAACUGAAGGUUAUUGAUUUUUUUUUCUACAAAAUGGGUGCAUACAAAUUAAAUGGUUGUAUAAAAAAAAAAAGUCUUCAUUUUCGUGUUUAAUGCAUUAGUGUAAUUAAAUCUGAAAACAUAAUUUUGUCAAAAUUCCCUCAGGUAUAAUUUAGAGUUAAUCCUCCCUCCCCACCAUCACUCCCUGCCACUCAAACACACACGUGCACACGCUCAUAUGAUUAAACUGUGCUGAUUACUGAUGUUGCUGAAUGUGUGUAUGGGCCUGCAUGUGUCACGUUGUGGGAGCGUGAGGCUGGAGAGGAGGUGUGUGUGUUUUUCAGAGGCUUUAUAUCGGCUUGGCUGAUGGAUGGAGUCUCCUCAGGUUGAGCUCCUCUGCUGGUUUACAUUCAGGGUCCACUGUUAAAGCCCAACCCCCUCUUAUUUUUUCUCCACUUGACCAUCCAUCCAGAUGUGAUGUGUGGAUUAGAAGCUUUUAUGACACACACAAACAUAUAUUAUUGCUAUAUGGUACAGCCACAACCCCCAACAUAGACAUACACAGUUGAAGUUAUGAUAACACAUAAACACAUCUCUCUUUAAGUCUGCUGUAAACAGGAAACUGACCUU